CUAGGCUGUGGCUUGGCCAAGGUGGCCGGUCCAGUGAAAGCUCAGGGAUCUGCUGGGUUGGGGAAGCUACUCUUCCAAAGGUGGGGAGGUGGUUAUGCUUUCUGGCUGCCUGUCCUCCCCCCAAGUUCAGUAUUUGUCAUUCUGACUUUUAAAAGGGGAGUGAAGCCUGGGAAACAUUUACUUUUUGAGAGAAAGAGACUUUGAGUUCACUCAGAGUGAGAGCUGCACUUGGCGGCCACUCCCAGGGUGUGACUAAGCCCUUCCUUCCUUUUUUCCCAAGAUUCCCUGGGUCAGGAAGAAAGCUCAGGCAGCCAGUUCCUCUGUGGCUCAUGGGUGGUCAUGAACUUGACCUCAGUCACUCAACCCUAUUUUCGUCAGUAUUGCUGUUACUGGAGAAAAACAAGCCGUUUCCUGUCUCCUACCUCGACAGUGUGAUUUUUGAGGGUAAAGGAACUCCUUCCAAGGAUCCAACCAUAUCCAGUGAGGUUUUAACCUCAUCCGAAGACAAAGAAAAAUGUUUCCUGCCACAGAACAUGACUCCAGACCUGGCUCUCUCCUUCAGUGUGAGGAGCCGCUCCCGGAGGUGCGUCAAUGGCCCCUUGCAGGAAGAGGCCCGGAGGCGGCUGUGGGCGCUGGAGAAUGAGGACCAGGAGGUGCGUGCCCUGUUUAAGGACCUCUCAGCAAGGUUGAUGAGUGUCCAGUCCCAGAAGGCACAGUUUCUCAUCACUUUCAAGACCAUGGAGGAAAUCUGGAAGUUCUCCACCUACCUUAACUUAGGCUAUGUGUCUGCAUGCCUGGAGCACCUCCUCUUCGACCACCAGUACUGGCUCAGCAGCAGAUUGGUGGAGGACACGGAGCUCCAAGUGUCCGUAGAUGAUAAACACCUGGAAGCCAUCUACCUGGGACUCCUGCUGCAGGAAGGCCACUUCUUCUGCAGAGCCCUGUGCUCAGUGGCUCAGUCAGCUGAGAAGGAAGGAGAGUGUUUGCCGCUCUGCAAGAAUGAGCUAAUCUCAGUGAAGAUUGCAGAAGACGGGUCCGAGUGGGAAGGAAUGUCCUUGGUGACCGGCCAGCGGGGCCUGGUGCCUGUCUCAGCCCUGGAACCCCUGCCUCUCCCUUUCCACCAGUGGUUCCUAAAGAAUUAUCCCGGGACCUGUGGCUUCUCCAGGAAGAAGGACUGGACAGACUCCUGUCCCAUCGGCAGAGGAAAAUGUAAGGUCUGGAAAGAAUAUGAGAGGGAAGAAAAGGAUGAGCUGAGCUUGCACCAGGGGGAAAGCAUUGAGAUCGUCGGCUUUGUCAUCCCUGCGCUCCAGUGGUUCAUCGGGCGGUCGGUGCGCUCGGGAGAGGUGGGCUUCGUCCCCACCAGGAACGUAGAUCCUGACUCAUAUUCCCCAAUGAGCAAGAACUCUGCUUUUUUCAGUGAUGAAGAAAGAUGCUCUCUGUGGGCCCUGGGAAGUGACAGGAAGGCCGAGGGUGCCACCUUCCUCCACACGCUCGCCCACACCGACAUCACGUCUGUCCACCGGCUUAGUGGGUUUGAAUCCCUCCAGAAUCAUCCGAACGAUUUGAGCGUGCCCCAGGGCUUCAGGGAGGCCAGGCCUGGUGGGGCCUGGGAGGAGCGUCAGCCCAGGGGCUCCAGACGGUCCAGCGGCUCCGAGGACUCCAGUCUAGAGGAGGAGCUCCUCUCGGCUGCCUCAGACACCUACCACCUGCCGGAGCCUGAUGACCUCGAUGACCCGGAACUGCUCGUGGACCUAAAUACUGGUCAGGAGGAGGAGGAGGAAGCGGAGAGCUUCGCCCCCAUACUGGCCUUUCUGGACCAUGAGGGUUACGCCGACCAUUUUAAGAGCCUCUAUGAUUUUUCUUUCUCUUUCCUCACAUCUUCCUUUUACAGCUUCUCCGAGGAGGGCGAGCUUGUGGCCUAUCUGGAGGCCUCGAGGAAGUGGGCCAAGCGGAGCCACAUGACCUGGGCCCAUGCUCGGCUCUGCUUCCUCUUGGGCCGACUGGGCGUCAGGAAGGUCAAACUGUCUCAGGCCAGGGUGUACUUUGAGGAGGCCAUCCACAUCCUCAACGGGGCUUUUGAGGACCUCCCCCUGGUGGCUGCGCUCUACAUCAAUUUGGCUGCAAUCUACCUGAGGCAGAGGCUGAGGCAUAAAAGCUCGGCCCUGCUGGAAAAAGCCAGCACACUAUUGGCCUGCUUGCCUGACCGAGAGUCCAGUGCCAAGAAUGAGCUGGACAUGGUGGCCUAUGUGCUGCGGCAGGGCAUUGUGGUGGGCAGCUGCGUCCUGGAAGCCAGGGCAUGCUUCCUGGCCAUCCGACUGCUCCUGAGUCUUGGGCGGCAUGAGGAGGUGCUGCCCUUCGCAGAGCGUCUGCAGCUGCUGUCUGCACACCCUCCUACCUCGGACGCCAUGGCCGUUAUCUUGAGUUUUCUAUAUGACAAGAAAUAUCUUCCACACCUAGUAGUGGCCUCUGUGCGGCAACGUGGGGCCCAGAGCACCCAAGCUAUCCCUCUACCUAUUUGGCAGGCCCACCUGGUCCUCCAGAACACCAGCAAGCUCCUUAGUGUGCCCUCAGCAAGAUGGGGCGAAGUCUCCGCCCUGGCCUGCCCAGCACUGAGGCAGGUGCUGGCCGCCUGUGAGGAGCAGGCUGAUCGGAGCACCCAGAGGGCUGUGUGUCUCAUCCUGUCCAAAGUGUACCUCCAACACAGGUGUCCUGAUGGUGCCAUCCACUACCUGAGCCAGGCCUUGGUGCUGGGGCAGCUGCUGAGUGAGUAUGAAGCUUUUGAAUCUUCCCUUUGCCUGGCCUGGGCCUAUCUCUUAGCCAGUCAGGCCAAGAAGGCUGUGGACAUCCUAGAACCGCUAUUAUACUCCCUGAGGGAGACAGAAAGUCUGACCCAGAAAGGAGUGGUCCAGAACCUCUUGGGACUUGCAUUUCAAGGUGAAGGCCGGGUGAACAGGGCCGCCAAGUGCUACCUGCGGGCCCUGAACAAAGCCCAGGAGAUGGGGGAUGUGAGGAAUCAGGCAGUGACUUUGGCCAAUCUUGGCCACCUGACUCUCAACUCCGGGGCUCAGCAGCUGUCCAGGGACUACCUCCUGCAGGCUUCCCGGCUCUAUUCUGAACUCCCCGCCAGCAUGGAGACAGACAUGGAGUUAGUACAGAUGCUGCUCUGGUUGGCCCAAGUCCUUGUGUCUGGACACCAGGUGGUCAGUGGCCGCCUGUGCUAUGAAGUGGCAUUACUGUUCGGCUUAAAGCACCGGCACUUGAAGAGUCAGCUUCAGGUCACCAAAUCCCUCUGCCAUUUCUACAGCUCUGUGUGCCCCAACCCCGAGGCAUGCAUCAUCUACCACGAGCACUGGCUGGCCCUGGCCCAGCAACUCAGGGACCGGGAGAUGGAGGGAAGGCUGCUGGAGUCGCUGGGGCAGCUCUAUCGGAACCUGAACACGGCCAGAUCCCUCAGGAAGUCCCUCACCUGCAUCAAAGAGAGCCUGCGUAUCUUCAUCGAUCUGGGAGAGAGAGACAAGGCUGCUGAGGCCUGGCUGGGGGCCGGGCGACUCCACUACCUCAUGCAGGAAGACGAGCUGGUGGAGCUGUACCUGCAGGCCGCCAUCCAGAAAGCCCUGAAGUUGGAGGAGCCCUCCCUGGCUCUUAAGCUCUAUGAAGAAGCAGGUGACUUGUUCUUCAAUGGGACCCGCCGCAGGCACCGUGCUGUAGAGUAUUACCGAGCUGGGGCUAUUCCUUUAGCAAGGAGGCUGAAGGCAUUGAGAACGGAGCUCCGGAUUUUCAACAAGUUGACUGAGUUGCAGAUCAGCCUGGAAGGCUACGAGAAGGCUCUAGAAUUUGCCACACUGGCUGCCAGGCUCAGCACAGUCGCAGGAGAUCAGAGGCAGGAGCUGGUGGCCUUUCACCGUCUGGCGACCGUGUACUAUUCCCUGCACAUGUAUGAGAUGGCCGAGGACUGCUACCUGAAGACGCUGUCUCUCUGUCCAGCCUGUCUGCACAGCCCCAAGGAGGCCCUGUAUUACGCCAAGGUGUACUACCGGCUUGGCCGACUCACCUUCUACCAGCUGAAGGAUGCCCACGAUGCCACUGAAUACUUCUGGCUGGCCCUUGCAGCAGCGGUCCUGCUUGGUGAUGAGGAGUUGCAGGACACCAUUAGAAGCAGACUGGACAACAUCUGCCACAGCCCCCUGUGGUAUAGCAGCUCUUCUGGGCGCUCCUCAGAAAGGGCGCGGUGGCUGAGUGGCGGGGGCCUGGCCCUCUGAGGAGAGCUGUCCCGUCUCUGACCAGAGGCCCCAGUCAGAAGCUGCCUCCCUGCCCCAGGAUCCUGGACACUGAUCUAUCUGGAGGAUUGAGUCAUUCCCUGACCAACCCCCCUCAUUUUACAAUGGGAAGAGAGAAGUCUAGAGGCAGAGGUCUUGUUCUGGGCCACACAAGUUGUGGGUGUCGGAGCAGGGAUUAGGAGGCCUGGCUGUGCGUCUAGAGCCUUCCAGUAGACUGGCCCUUCCACACACAUGUCCACUUUCUCAAUGUGAGAAACCUGGCUUAGGAAACCUAUCUCCUUCCUCUGUGAGGAAACCAGAUGGCAGAUGGGACUCUGUUCCCUUCACUUACUUCACUCAGUGGUGGACUCUUCGCUUGCUAGUUCCUUUCCUCUUUCUUUUCAGCAAGAACCAAAGGAGGUCUCACUCUUCCUGCCACUGGGCACUGGCAGGAGGGAAUUCACUGUGUUCUUAGCACGAAAGAACCUCAGGAGAGCCCGCUGGAAGGCACAAUAUGUGAGACCUGAGGUAGAUUCACCAUCUCUUCCCUGUCCCCGGCUCUGCUCCCAUAUACCUGCCCAGAACCCUUGGGGAAGCUUCCCAAGGGUCAAAGCUUAAAAACUAAGCACCAAGAAAAUGAUGCCCUAAGUGACGUGUAAACAGUAUAUAUUAUUAAAUAUUGACCAUGGACAUUUGUACAUGUGUAUCUCCUUUAUAAUAGGGAGAGAAAAGAUGGCAGACUUGAAGGAUGGCUGAAGUAGCCAGGUGUUGUGUUGGUUUCAGGGUAGCUCCUUUUCAAAGCGUGUCUACUGGUCAUACACCGUUGCCUAACCUGUGCCUUGAAACGUUAGCUCACAGUUUCUGUAGGAAGGCAGGAAUCCAAACUUGAUGUAGCUGAAUCCUCACCCGUGUGGCUCAUCAGGCUGCCUUCAAGCUUCUGAGGUAACUGUGAUCUCUCAACUUCACCAAGAAGAAUCUGCUUCCACACUCACUCAGUUGUUGUUGGUGAGAGUCAGUUCCUUGCUCGCUCCUGGCCAGAGGCUGCCCUUGGGUCCUUGCCACGUGGCCUCUCCCCAGGGCAUCUCACAACAGGUAGCGCACAGGGGAGCCAGCGAAGUCAGGAAGUCACGGCCCUUUCAUAACCUAAGCUCUUAAGUGACUUUGCCCUUCGUUGUGCUUUUUCUGUUCAUGAUAAGAGAGUCCUUAGGUCCAGGCACACAAAAAGGAAGGGAGUUACCAAGGGUGUGAAUAUGAGGGAAGCUGAGUACUUGGGGAUAUUUCUGGAGCUGCCCACAACAUAUCUGAAUUCUUUGAUAGGCAGUGAAGCCAACAUAUGGUCCACUGACUGCACCAGCUGCAUCACCUGUGAUAUUGUUUGAAAUGUAAAUUUUUGCCCAUCCCCUCUUACCACCCUUCCACCCCAAUAUCUUGGACUUGGAGUCUCUGGAGCCCAGGUGAGCUUUACCUUCUCCCCAGGUCACCCAAGUGCACACAAGCACACGAGGAGCACAGACAGGCUCCAGAACAGUGGUUCUCAGAUUGUGUGUAAAACAACCAUGGGGAGAAAUGUGGGGCAUCACUUUCUGGGUCUACCUCAGCACUGAAAUCUGGGGGGUCUGGAACAUGUGUUUUAAUGAGCAGCUCAGGUGACUCGAAUGCAGGUGAAUGAUCCUGCCCUGGAACGUCAUACCUGGGCAUGGAUUUAACCAUAGACAAGACACCAGCUGCCCUUCAGCUUUGAUUUUACUCUUGGCCCUGCUGUUCUUAAUUUCUCGCUUCUUGGGCUGAGCAGAUGGUUGGUGGCUUGAUGGGGCGAGUUGAGUCAGCAUUGCAUCUUCUAGGCUCCAAGCUUGUCUGCAUAGCCACUCGUCUUAGUUUCUUUUAGGAGCUUGGUUGGUUGUCAAAAGAUUUUUCUACUGUAGAAAGUCUUCUCUGGGAAGGAAAUGCAAUGACCUGAUCUACCAUGUAAAUUAGGUGUGGUUUCACUCCUACCACAUGAAAGCCGCUAGUAGGAGCGGGUGUUGUGGGCGAGUCCAACUUCCCAUGCAGAAUCCUUUCAAAAACAUUCCUGGGAGACAGAGGGCUCAUGCUCCAAACUGUAUGCCCCUUCCCUGUGACCCCGCUCUGUGACACCCCUGCCCCCUCAUCUGACUCAGGUUACACACCUUCUGCCUAUUCCCAACAACCUGUUACUCUUCACCUGUCAGAUGCCAACUUCUGUCCCUCUGAAAGUGGGGUUCUCUUAGCUACACCAGGCCUUUGGCAUUGGCUGGUGGGUAGUGAGUGCAGAGGGACAUGACUGUGCUGAAGGAAAUGGAAGGUUGUAUUUGAAACUUGCCUUCAGAUUUUCCUUCUUCCUGGUAGCCACAUCUUGCCACAGCUCAUAUGGAGCUUAUGGCCAAUUGUAAUGUCUUUCCACAUGAGCUUCUGUUUGGCCAGAUCUUUCUCAAUUGCUCCAAAUACACAUUUUUCAGUCAAGGACAUGAUAUCUACCCCUUUUACAUUUUGUUGGGAAUUUUGGUUAAAAUUGUCUGAUUCAGUACUUUGGUUCACCUGUAAAUCUGGUAGAUUUGCCUCUAAAAUGUUUAGUACAUUUCCAAACACUGUGAUAGAGCUAUUUUUUAAAGGAGAAAGGCAUAGUGCUCUAGCCUGGCAACAAUCACACGCUAUAUGCAAAUCCCUCUGCUAAUAUUGUCUUUAGAAGUGUUUAAAAGUCCCAUUUUAAAAAUGUGGUUUGAUGUUGUUUUUUCAUGACCCACAGAGAAUGAAGUGAUGAUUGAAUUGGGUCUCUGUUCAAGCAGGUUUAAUUAUACAUAAACAGUGGCCAAAAAUGAAUGAGUUACCCUCUUUAUUCUAUCUGCACCCAACUGCCUAGCCCUCCUGGCUCCUGGCUCCUUGUAUCUAAUCUAAAUAAAGAAUAAGGAGGGAAUUACAUGUUUUCUCAACUUUCAGUAUAUUGCUUCCCUCUCCAACAGUGUUAAUGCCUUGAAAGCCAAUGUUGUUUUUUUUCUUUUUCUUUUUUUGUUUUUCCACUGUUUUAAAAUGUCUUUCUAUUGCCUGUGUACACAGGAAUCUACACAUAUGUGCAUGUGUGUGCCUGUGUGUUUGCUUGUGCUUUGUAAGUAAAAUAUAACUUUUGACAGAAGUUUAUCUGGGGAAGGGAAUGCAGAGAGCUGGAAGGGGUCAGAUCAGGGGUGAGAAACAGAUCACCUGGUGGUGGAGAAACAUGAAUCUUGGUCUAGAAUUUGAUAUAAACUUAUAAUCUGACCUUGGGCAAGUCAUUUAGCCUCGAUGCACCUUGGAUUUCUGUUCUGUAACAUAACAAAUAAGAUCACCUCUCUGUUCCUUUGCAGCAAUGUUAUUUCUGUGUCUUUUAGACAGGAGGAUAGAUGGUAACCGAGAGGUGAAAUUAUAUAUUUUUAUGGCUCAAUAUUAUUCUCCUCUUUUUAUGGGUGAGUAAGCUGAGAAAUAGAAAAGUGAUUUUCUUCCAGUUACACAGGUAGUUAAUGGCAAUGACAGCAUGACCCAAGGACUUAGUAAUAUUGAGGACAGGUUUUCUCUCAGCGCAAAUUUCAUAGUUGAGUGCAUGUAUGCAUGUGUGUAUAUAUAAUAGGUGUGUACACACAUGUAUGCAAGCACGUAGAUGUGCAUGUAUACAUGCAUGGCUGUAUAAUGCAUUGUGUGCAUACUCACAUAUUUAUUACCUUAUGUGUAGCUGAACGUUUAUCACAUUUUUUCUUUUUUUUUUAAAGAUUUAUUUAUUUAUGCAUACAAGAACUGGGGUAUAGGCCAGAGGUGUGGGGGUGAGAGGAUUCACCAGAGACAGAGUGGGGAACAGAACAGGCAGAUAGACUAAAAUACAUUGCUGAGGGGAGCAGCGGGCGAGGCAGGAGAGGUCUGCUGCACCAUGGGACCAAACUUGGCUGGCCAGGGACCAAACUUGUGCUGCAGAGGCUGCGGACAGCUUCAUAGUGCUGUGCUUAACACCUUGCGCCAUCAGGGAGCCUCCAUAUCAAACUUUUUCUAAGGCAAUUUAUUCUC